AUGUUGGAGCACAAUCGAAAUAUUGGUUGUACGGAGAUUCAUAUGCAGGCUGCUGUUAAUGUAGAGUGUUCCACGUCAGGGAAGAAUCAGAAAGAUAUUAGGGAAAUGGAUGCCUCUUUGAAUGCAGAUUAUAGUUGUCCUCCUCCAGGAAAUGCAUCCAAUUCAGAGAGAAUCCAAACUGAUUUUCCGUCUGGUGAGGUUGUAAUGAGGGCUGAUGAUAUUCUCAAUAACACUUCGAGCAUUCCUCAAUGGUGGCACACAGCAUUAACUGAAAAGGGGCAACAAUUUGAAACCGUAACUGAAUUGAGACUAGCUUUGCAAUACUAUUCCAUCGCCAAAAAAUUUGAAUAUGAAUUUGUAAAGAAUGAACCCAAACGUAUCCGCGUUUGUUGUCGAUAUAAGGAGACGUAUGGAUGCCCUUGGAUGCUCUAUGCAGCUCCUGUUAAAAAUGAUAAAAGAAUGGAAAUCAAAAGGUUUGUGAAUGAACACAGUUGCGGACAACAUUCUAGCUUGUCAGGGCAAUCACGGGCAUCUCGCAAGUUCAUAGCAGCCCAAUUGCGACCGGUAUUAAAGGCACGACCUGAAAUCCGCCUAAUUGAUGUGCAAAAGGACUUCCUCACUCGUUUUGGAUUGAGACUUGAAUAUAGUAAGAUAUGGUGGGCCAAAGAAAGAGCGCAGCAAGAUAUGUAUGGUGAUAGCUAUGAGGCUUAUGAUCAAUUAAGAUGCGGCAUUGUUGUACAGGGUUUCUUAAAUGGCUGUAGACCCCUUUUAUUUUUAGAUGGGACCUUUUUGAAAGACGGAUAUAAAGGCAUGCUUCUGAGCGCCAUAGCCUAUGACGGAGACCAAGGGAUAUUUCCACUUGCGUAUUGUAUAUGUGAUCAAGAAAAUGUUGAUAAUUGGAGAUGGUUUCUACAAGACUUGUGGUCCAUACUGUAUGAAAGGUUGGACCCGUACAAUCCCCCCCACCAAUUGGUAAUUAUUUCUGAUGCUGACAAGGAGAUUCGAGAAGCCGUGAGAGAAUAUUUCCCCGAAGCAAUUCACUCACGCUGUGUUCUGCAUCUAGUUGAAAAUUUUAGAUCAAAGCUCAAGGAUUUGGGAAUGAAGGCAAAGGACACACAGGUUUUGGGGAAUUUGCUCCAAACUGCUUGCUAUAAAUACACUAUAGCGGAAUGGAACGACUACAUGAAGGAAAUUUAUGAGAUGGCUCCAGCCGCAUAUGAGAUUGCAAUUAAUUACUCGCCAGAGCAUUGGGCAAAUGCCUUCUUCCCUGGCAUUAGAUAUGGCCAUGUAACCUCUAAUGUCGCAGAAUCCUUUAACAGCUGGAUACGUGAAGCCCGUUUGUUACGUAUCCUGCAAAUGGUGGAGCAUAUCCGAAAACAACUUAUGACUCGCAUGAACAACAGACGGAUAAUGGCGUGUAAGUGGACAAGCUAUCUUUGUUCUAAAGUUGAGAAGAUUGUUAGGGAAAAUAUGGAAAAAGGGCAUACUUUAGAGAUUAGGCAAUCUAGAGAUGAUAUUUUCGAAGUGCAAUCACAUAGAACCACUCGCGUUGAUUUGGAGAAUAGGACAUGCACUUGCCGAGCUUGGGACGUAACCCGUAUUCCUUGUGUGCAUGCUUGUGCAGUCAUUAUUUAUAUGAAAAGAGACGUAUAUCAAUAUUGUGAUUGGUUCAUGUCCGUAGAAGCGUUUAAGAAGAGCUACGACGAAAUAUUAUAUCCCAUACCAGACUAUGAGAAGCAGAGUGUGCCCAAGGAUGAAAUCCAGAUUUUGCCACCAAUUACCACUAAGAGGAGGGGAAGAAAUAGAACAAGACGCAUAAACAACAGAACCAUAUACAAACGGCCCGUCAAAUGUUCUCGGUGCAAAGUUGAAGGUCACAAUAGAGCAACCUGCAAUGAGCCCAUCCGUGACUAG